GGCUGACCGGGUUGGGUUAACCGUCUUUCCCUCGAGGUAUCGGGGCUGCUUGGGCCCAGAGGAGGUCCCUGAGGACCGCAGCAGUGCCUUUGCCGCUGUUGCAGUAGGAGAAGGCUUGCCGUCGAGCCCCGGGGCCUGGGAACGGUCCUUCCUCUGCCAGCCCCCGCCCUCCCCACUCAGGCGCACACCUCCCUCACUGACGCAUUUUGCCGCACAAGCUGUAACAUGGCGGCAGCGACUGCGGCCUGAACUCUAGGGAGCCGGGUUGAUUUUUAAAGCUUCGAAAUCCUAAGACUGAGCACUGUUGCGGGGCUGGAGUGCAGUGGCAUGAUCUCAGCUCCCUGCAACCUCCACCUCCUGAACUCAAGCGAUUCUCGUGCCUCAGCCUCCCUAGUAGCUGGGAGUACAGGCGCCCACCAACACACCGGUAGAGACGGGGUUUCACCAUGUCAGCCAGGAUGCUGUCGAUCUCCUGACCUUGUGAUCCGCUGCCUCGGCCUCUCAAAGUGCUGGGAUUACAGGAGCACAGGGAUCAGUUGUCCUUGUUUUUUUUUUGGUCUUUUCUUCAUUUGAAGAUUAAGUAUUGGAGCCAUGGGAAUAAAGGUUCAACGUCCUCGAUGUUUUUUUGACAUUGCCAUUAACAAUCAACCUGCUGGAAGAGUUGUCUUUGAAUUGUUUUCUGAUGUGUGCCCCAAAACAUGCGAGAACUUUCGUUGUCUUUGUACAGGUGAAAAGGGGACCGGGAAAUCAACUCAGAAACCAUUACAUUAUAAGAGUUGUCUCUUUCACAGAGUUGUCAAGGAUUUUAUGGUUCAAGGUGGUGACUUCAGUGAAGGAAAUGGACGAGGAGGGGAAUCUAUCUAUGGAGGAUUUUUUGAAGACGAGAGUUUCGCUGUUAAACACAACAAAGAAUUUCUCUUGUCAAUGGCCAACAGAGGGAAGGAUACAAAUGGUUCACAGUUCUUCAUAACAACGAAACCAACUCCUCAUUUAGAUGGGCAUCAUGUUGUUUUUGGACAAGUAAUCUCUGGUCAAGAAGUUGUAAGAGAGAUUGAAAACCAGAAAACAGAUGCAGCUAGCAAACCGUUUGCGGAGGUACGGAUACUCAGUUGUGGAGAGCUGAUUCCCAAAUCUAAAGUUAAGAAAGAAGAAAAGAAAAGGCAUAAAUCAUCAUCAUCUUCCUCCUCCUCAUCUAGUGACUCAGAUAGCUCAAGUGAUUCUCAGUCCUCUUCUGAUUCCUCUGAUUCUGAAAGUGCUUCUGAAGAGAAAUCAAAGAAAAGAAAAAAGAAACAUCGGAAAAAUUCCCGAAAACACAAGAAAGAAAAGAAGAAGCGAAAGAAAAGCAAGAAGAGUGCAUCUAGUGAGAGUGAAGCUGAAAAUCUUGAAGCACAACCCCAGUCUACUGUCCGUCCAGAAGAGAUCCCUCCUAUACCUGAAAAUAGAUUCCUAAUGAGAAAAAGUCCUCCUAAAGCUGAUGAGAAGGAAAGGAAAAACAGAGAGAGAGAAAGAGAAAGAGAGUGUAAUCCACCUAACUCCCAGCCUGCUUCGUACCAGAGACGACUUUUAGUUACUAGAUCUGGCAGGAAAAUUAAAGGAAGAGGACCAAGGCGUUAUCGAACUCCUUCCAGAUCCAGAUCAAGGGAUCGUUUCAGACGUAGUGAGACUCCUCCACAUUGGAGGCAAGAGAUGCAGAGAGCUCAAAGAAUGAGGGUAUCAAGUGGUGAAAGAUGGAUCAAGGGGGAUAAGAGUGAGUUGAAUGAAAUAAAAGAAAAUCAGAGAAGUCCAGUUAGAGUAAAAGAGAGAAAAAUAACAGAUCACAGGAAUGUAUCUGAGAGUCCAAACAGAAAAAAUGAAAAGGAGAAGAAAGUUAAAGACCAUAAAUCUAACAGCAAAGAGAGAGACAUCAGAAGAAAUUCAGAAAAAGAUGAUAAAUAUAAAAACAAAGUGAAGAAAAGGGCCAAAUCUAAAAGUAGGAGUAAGAGCAAAGAGAAAUCAAAGAGUAAAGAAAGAGAUUCAAAACAUAAUAGAAAUGAAGAAAAGAGGAUGAGGUCAAGGAGUAAAGGACGGGAUCAUGAGAAUGUUAAAGAAAAAGAAAAGCAGUCUGAUUCUAAAGGAAAAGAUCAGGAAAGGAGUAGAAGUAAAGAGAAGUCUAAACAGUUAGAAUCAAAGAGUAAUGAGCAUGAUCACAGUAAAAGUAAGGAAAAGGAUAGACGCGCACAAUCCAGGAGUAGAGAAUGUGAUAUAACUAAAGGUAAACACAGUUAUAACAGCAGAACAAGAGAACGAAGCAGAAGUAGGGACAGAAGCAGAAGAGUGCGAUCAAGAACCCAUGACAGAGAUCGCAGCAGAAGCAAGGAGUACCAUAGAUACAGAGAACAGGAAUACAGGAGAAGAGGACGGUCACGAAGCCGAGAGAGAAGAACACCACCAGGAAGAUCAAGAAGUAAAGAUAGGAGGAGAAGGAGGAGAGACUCACGGAGCUCAGAGAGAGAAGAAAGUCAAAGCAGAAACAAAGACAAAUACAGAAACCAAGAGAGUAAGAGCUCACACAGAAAAGAAAAUUCUGAGAGUGAGAAAAGAAUGUACUCUAAAAGUCGUGAUCAUAAUAGCUCAAAUAACAGCAGGGAAAAAAAGGCUGAUAGAGAUCAAAGUCCCUUCUCAAAAAUAAAACAAAGCAGUCAGGACAAUGAAUUAAAGUCCUCCAUGUUGAAAAAUAAGGAGGAUGAGAAGAUCAGAUCCUCAGUGGAAAAAGAAAACCAAAAAUCAAAAGGUCAAGAAAAUGACCAUGUACAUGAAAAAAAUAAAAAAUUUGAUCAUGAAUCAAGCCCUGGAACAGAUGAAGACAAAAGCGGAUGAGUGAGUUAUAUAAACUUACUUCCAUUCUGUUUCGGAUUUUAAGUUUGAGAGACUUGCUAAUGAAUCUCCUUUAUGUUGUUUUCCUUUUCAUUGUUUUUGGGUUGUUGUAUGUUUGUCCUUUUUUUUUCCUUAAUGUGGAUUUCAUUGAGUUGAUUUUUUGAUAAUCUGCAAUCUGGAUAAUUUGUACUGCUAAAGUUUUAAUAAACUUGAAAUGAGAAAAACA